AUGGCCAAGGUGUCGGUGCUGAACGUGGCGGUGCUGGAGAACCCGAGCCCCUUCCACAGCCCCUUCCGCUUCGAGAUCAGCUUCGAGUGCAGCGAGGGCCUGGAGGACGACCUGGAGUGGAAGAUCAUCUAUGUGGGCUCGGCCGAGAGCGAGGAGUUCGACCAGGUGCUGGACUCGGUGCUGGUGGGGCCCGUGCCCGCUGGGCGACACAUGUUCGUCUUCCAGGCCGACGCCCCCAACCCUUCCCUCAUCCCGGAGACUGAUGCGGUGGGCGUGACCGUGGUCCUCAUCACCUGCACCUACCGCUCGCAGGAGUUCAUCCGAGUGGGUUAUUACGUCAACAACGAGUACCCCAGCCUCGAACUACGAGAGAAUCCACCCCCCAAGCCUGACUUCUCCCAGCUCCAGCGCAACAUCUUGGCCUCAAACCCCCGGGUGACCCGCUUCCAUAUCAACUGGGACAGCCCUGAGGACUUGCUCAACGGCGUGGAGCCCCGGGACCCCGGCCUGGAAUACAGUGUCCCGCUCAGCUGCACCCCAAUCAAGGGAUCCGGACUCCCUGGCUGCAUCCCCGGUCUCCUUCCCGAAAAUUCCAUGGACUGCAUCUAGCCGGG